AUGGCUUUUGACCAAAGCAUAUCCUGGUUUCAGGAGAAGGUAAGAUCGUUGAUUGUUGCUAGAUAAAGUUAGCUAAAGUCCCUAAUGGUUUUUAAAUAGCCGAGUCUUAACACAAUUUACUAGUUUCCUUGGAAUGACAGUUCAUUCAAUAUUUACAUUCGAGCUUUGCUGAAUGCUGUACUGGUCGACUUUAAAGACACCAAGUUAGAUUUAACCUUGAUUUAGAUCGUGUCUUGGUAAUAGCAUGUCACUUUGCCCUUAUUAAAAAGCCCCGUUAUCUAGCUAUAGUUUAUUUCCUUCAAGAAACGCGAGGAAAAAUUCUCAGCUGAUUGCAUGAUCGUUUUGCGUUUACAUUCUCAAAGUAACAUACAAAAAAACAAGCCACUUAAAAUCUCUAUUUUCACGUCGAAAACGACAAGAUACUUUUCUACAGCAAAUUCUGCCGGUUUAAUGGUUAAGCCGUGCAUGAGCCUGGCGUUCGGAUUUCGUCCUUUAAUUCUUACAAUUACUGGUCAUGAUAGCCACACGUUUUUAGACUCGGAGACAGCCCGAGAACAUUUGUUAUUAUGCAAAUAUUUUCAGCUGAAUUGUUUUCAACCCAUAUUUCCAGGUUUAACUUUUAUGAUUGAUUAUUCUGUCUAGCUUUGUGGAUAAUUCAUCACUUAACAGAGAAAAUAUUUGCAUACUUCGUUCAAACUUUUUUUGUCUAUAAACGGCUGAUAAGUUUUAAAGCAUUUAAAAAUUAUUUCAAUAUUUCAUUUUGUUCUUAUAAAUUGGAAAAUGAAAAUGUCUUCUGAAGAAAUGCAAGGAGAUUGUCUUGAAGAUAUUGAAAAUUGGUUUUCUAUAUUAAAGUAUUAACCUUGGGUCUUCCAGAAACUUGUCCAAUACUUCAUUCCUCCUACAGAAUUCCUUCUUUGUAGUUGUUUUUUGAAAUCUCAAAUAACUAUAAAAAACAUCUCUGUGACUGAAGAAAGGGCUCAAAUGAGAAAUGAAACACAUCUUAACAGCCAAAUUAGUUCAAAUUAUAUUUCACAAUCCAAAAGGAAUAAUUUAUUAAACACAAUACUUGUAUGUGGCUUCUAGGAAAUGUAUAAUUAAUAUAGUUAACUGAUUGUAUGACCCCAGGAAUGUAUUUUGAAAUUCUCCAAGGGGGAUGCAUUAAUAUGUUAACCUGCUGUUUACUCAGGGGUUUAGCCAAAUGUAUGUGAAAUACACAGGUUGCUGUAGUAUUUUGAGGCAAAAUGAAAUGGCGUUGCAUUCCAGAGUUGGAGGGUAACCAAAUUCGAGAGGAAAGAUUUUUGUAUUCUGUCGAUGCCUGGUUCAGUGAUAUCUUAGAUCUUACAAGUAGAAUAAUUUUUCACUUAAGUUGUGUGUAGCCAUUGUCAUAAAAUUUCUUAGGCAUAAUCAAUGGUGAAAUUGGCAUUUUAAAUUCUGAAUUCUGCCACGCAUCCAUCAUUUUUGGAGGUAAAGGUAAAAAGAAUUAGAGUGCGCUCGCUAAUAAUUGUUGAUUAGUACUAGUUUGUUUACACAGCUUGAUAUUUAGUUUACUCAGAUGGUUGGGCCUUUGCCAAGCAAAUUGAACUUGCACUAAAUUAAACAUGAUUGUUAAUGUUGGUUAAUUAACUGAAUUUUGCUUUUUAAUUUAAUUGCACUUUUACCUAUGAUGAUAUGUGAAAAGUUUGUCUUUUCCUGCAUAGGAACUUUAAAAGCUUAUCACAGAGAUAUUGUCAUCAAGUGGUUGGCAUGAAGAAUUUGUCUCAGUAUUAGAAAGGUCUUUUUCUUGAUGAAAAGUUAUAUUCCUUGCCAAAAACAAAUGUCCCUUCCUUGACAGAAUAGUUUCUUCCUUAAAAGAAAGGUCCUUCGAUGAGAAGAAAGUCCCCUCCUUGAUGGAAAGGUCCCUUCCUGGAUGAAGAAGGUCCCUUCCCAGAUAGAGAAGUCCCCUCCUUUCAAGAUAGAAAGACCUCUUUCUAGCUAGAAAGGUCCCUUCGUUCCUAGAUAAAAGAGGGUCCCUUUGUGGAUGGAGACUGAAGUCCUUAAUUCCUUGAUAGAAAGGUCCCUUCCUUGAUUGGAAUUUUCCCUCCUCAAUAGAAAGUUCCCUGCUUUGAUCGUGUAUGUUUUUCCUUUUCUAGCUUGGUAAAUAUGAUAAAGCUUCAUGGGAAAGAACUUUUGAGGAGCAAGAACAAGAAACUGUAAAUAUUUGCAAUAUUAUUUCUGUUGUUAUGUUCAAGUAUUAUAAUGAAUUUUCUCUUAGACUCACAAGCUAAAAAGAUGUUACGAUGAAACAACAAGAAUGUACAAUGAAUGGGACCAGUUUGACUCUGAAAAGGCUCAUUUCAAUAGUGAAUGAGUCAGGGUGGAGGUCGUUAUCCCAGUCAUCAGCUCAAUGUUGUUGUGCAAAAAAGAAAUCUGUGUUGUGAGGCCAUCAGAGUCAUGAAAUGACAGCUUUGGAGCUGCAAGAACCAGAACAUUUCCAUUUUCUUCUGAUUAUGCUUACGUCUACAUACAUGUACUUCACUCGUGAUCUUGUGAAAACUAGACUGUUUGAGUUGAAAGCGAAAGUGGAAGAAAAAAACUACUAAGUGAAUUACAGUACUUGUUCCUAUGCAAGCUGUGAUUAAACCUAUCAACAAUAGAUGGGUGUGGGGAAGGUGCCUGAUGAAACCGAAGUGGGCUGCAAGCGAGCCUAGAAGGUAACCAUGACCACCCUGAGAGGGGCACCCACCGGGCACCGUCACACUGAGAACCUCAGUGGAAAGAGUUGCAGAUACUUACCAAAAAGAGCAUCCAGAGAAGAGGAAGGGUUGGGGGCAAAAAACAACUGUAACUACUGCAUGCAAAAGCAACGUGAGCAAAAUGAUUGACUCCUGUUACAGCGCUGUAAAAUCACUAAGGCCCUGCUAAACCCCAAGACCGCCUCACAUACAAUUAGUGGUGGAGACCGCUGUGUUUAACCUCGCGUAAAUUACAUUUAGCCACAUUUAGUUAUAGAAUACUAACUGUAGAUACUAGAUUGUGGUACCUACAAUAUGGUCAGUCUUACUUGUAAUCAGAAUUUAGUUGUCAUUGACUGGUCUAGCGUCCUUCAUACUUACAAAUUGUGAUAAUUGUUUUCAGUGAUCGGAAGCAUUUUCCUUUUUUCAAUUCCUUUCCUGAAUCAUGUGCUUUAAUUUGUAGGGUUUUAUAGAUGUUCCCAAAAAGCCCGGUGGUCUGAAGCCUGAGCUUAUAGAUGUUGAUCUUGUUAUUGGUAUGUGCUUAGAAAAACCUUUUAGUUAAUUAAUUAAUGUCUACCAGUACAUUGUAAGUUAUUUUGAUUUUGAUGUAGACUGGGAAACUCUUUGUCAAGGUCAUGCCUUGAAUCUGUUUUCUUUUAGUUAUUAAAAAUAAUUAUUAACUUAAUCAUAACUACAAUGUAUAACAAAAUUCGCAAAUCCGAUUGGCUAUCAACUGUCCUGAUUUCAGUACUAAUAGGACAGUGUAAUAGGACAGUACGUGUCAUGCCUAAGUGACUGGACAGUACUGGCAAUCGCACGCUCUCACUGACUUAAAUGACUUUUUUCACUUCUAACAAAAAAACUCUGGGAGUUUCUUAUGUUUACAUAAAAAAAAGCCUAAAAUACCACAAGUUUUGUUAUAGUUAAGAUUAAACAAAUUGGACUCUCACUACGUGGUCGUCUGAUUUCGUCAAUCACUCGUAUGACUACAGACUGAAUUGGACUCCACUCAGUCCUAUUAACAUUAUUUAUUUUCUUGCAGGCUCCACAUUCCCCAAGACAAAACCAGUUCACACUUGGUCAGCUGUCACCCAGAAAGGUGUAAUCCGAGUUCUACUCUUCCCUUUCUUUCGAUCAUGGUAAGGCAACCAAUAUAUUUAAGAACAUUUUACUGUGAUCAGAAUCUAAUUUCUCCUUAUGAUUAUCACUGUAAAUCAAACAUGAAGGUUGUGAGAAUGACAAGGAAAUGUUCAUCAACAAUAAAAGUCUGGUGAUUUUUUAUUACUAGUUCUCAUUCUAAAAACAAGUGCCAUGAAAUGCAUUGAGAUCAGUGUAGACCCUAGCCUAACAUUAUGGAUUUCCAUGAUUUUACUCCAUGAUCUUACCCAAGCCUUUUGGAUUUGCAGCCUGUUAAUAGAAUCCUGUGCAAGUAGGAAAAAGUUAUUGAGGAUGCACAUUAUUAAAAUUUGGCCGUGAUCAGAGGAUAAUAUAUGGAGUGGUUUUAUUACAAGGCAGUUACCAGCCAUAUAAAGAAUAAAUAAAUCCAUUGGCAGCUGCUUGUAAACCAGCCUUUUUCUUGUUUUUUUCAAUGUUUACCAUUUCCUGCUAAAAUUGUGUAUGGCCAUAAUAGUACUUAAGUUGGGUGGCUCUUAAAGCAUUUAUACUUGAAAAGUCAUUGAAAUCCACACAUUAAGUGCAAAUAUAAUGUGUUUAAUACAUUUGUAGACAUUACACUGCACGGUGCUUAACUGUUUUCUUUCUCUAUUUCUCUUGUUUCAGGUGGACCCAGCAACUGUCACCCAGAUUGUGGUUCCUGUUCUUGUUUUUGUAUUUAUGUGAAAUUCUGGUGCUUGUUAUUUAUUUGAGAGAAUGGGAAUCUCAUUGGAAAGUAAGUAAUUUAGUAGCAUAUUGAUGUACUUUACUUUGAUCCCUGUGGGUGUAGGUGAGAGUAGUUAAUGGUAUUCUUGGUAUUCUUGCUAGCCUGUACCACAGGUGGAACAAAACUUCUGGUUAAGUCUGUCUUCAACUACGUGCCAAAAUCCUUGUUCUGGGCCUCCAUCUGUGUAGUGGAAUUUGACUUGGCACCAUGACUGGCCUGUUAAAAAUUAUGCGGUUGUCAUUUUGCCAAUCAAUCGAUUUCCCAGAACAAGGAUUAUACUAACAGGGGUUGAUUAUGACGCUCGGAUGCAAGUUAUAUCCUUGCGUGCUCUCACAAAAAUUUUAGGAUGUGUUGUUAGUAGGAUCUGUUUUGUCUACAUGUACCUCAUUCCCCAAAAAAUAACUGCUGUUUUUUUCUUUUGAGGUUGUAACAUGGUCAGAGGCUUGUGGACCAGCUUUGGUAAGAGUUUUAUCAUUAUAAAUUUGCCCACCCCCAAAGGGAUGAUCAUUUACUAUAAAGCAAGCUUCAGUAAAGAUUGGACACAAUCAGCAUAUCUCCUUUCCGUUGCAUCUAAUUUGUGUGUUAUUCACUUUUCUCUGACCAGUGCAUUGCCCCGCCUUAUAUACCCUCAAUUUAAUUCUUUAUCUGUUUUUUACUUAUUUGAAAAAAUGUCAAUUGUUACUCUACACCCAGGAACAAAGUCACAAUUGGAAUCAGACUACUCUUUUCACUUGAUCAUACAGUAACGCUUUACGCUUCUUUGUUAGUGAAAACCAGCCUUUUAAAACUGCUUUGCUACACUGCUUUCUCAGAUAGUCUGUGAUAAAAAUAAAUAAUAAUUCUGUUUUAUUUUUUAGAUCAUGGUGAUGUUAGGGGUGUUGUAUAUGUACAUGGUCUCUACAGACUACUCUAGUUCUUCCGGGAGAAGAAAAGUCAAAAGUAUCAACAGAAGGUAUAAAGCCGAGUUUGUAUCUAAGCUUGUGUAGUCAAAUGACAAUAGAGCGGUUUUCACUUGACUGUCCAAAGGGAUUGGUUUUGGUUUUGGUUUUGGUUUUACUACGCCCUUUGGUUGGCUAGUGUAUUUACUUUGGUUUUGGUUUUAUGACAGUCAAGUGAAAACCGCUCUAUCAAACUCUUACUAACAGCCACCUGUUUAUGUAGUCAAACGACAAUAUCAAACCCUUACUAACAGCCACCUGUUCAAAACAGUCACAUUUUUCAUUGCAGCAGAGGGAUUUACUCUUGUUUAACUGGAAAAAAACAGAUACGAUGAGCAGAUGCGAAUAGCUGAAGGAAUAGACAAGUUCGUAUUAAUACUUGAGACAGCGAUAAUAUCUUAGCUGUUGAAGCUGAUAGAAUUCCCCAGUGGAAGGUGGUGGCCCCCUCCAUACUAACCCCCACAUAUGUGGUUUUGUCAUGUGAAAGUUUCUCCAACAUGCCUUUCAGUAAUCUUUUGUUGCCUACUAUUAUUUUUUCUCCUCCUGCUUUCAAUUUUCUGGGGAACCAUGUUUCCUCCCAAGAAGAGCGCCAUGGACACAAAAAAUGCUUAGAAUCCCCGGUAGGCAACAAGUCAAAUUUCCAGUUUUUGGUAGUUGCUCACAUGUACAAUGCAUUUAUUUAUUUAUAACAUUUUUGCUCUCUCAUCUACUCAUAUAUUUAAUCUCUGCUUUACAGAGGAAGAGCAGCUGCCAGACAGAAGAGAAAAGGCAGCGGACAAGAAAAUGGAGGAACAGUAUCGCAUAACGGGCUGAUCAUAAAUGGUGUGCGGCAAAGAAAAACUCAGCAAGCUGCUGAAUCAGGGCCUGGUAAAGGCUAUUUUUUUGUGUCUACUAAAAUUAUCAUAAACAGUUUCAUCAUCCUACCUCUAGGGCCAUGACCUAAGUUUGUAGUAGCCUGUUCCAGGGUCCGAGAUAGUCGGGUCGCGAAAUUGAGAGAGCGCGAACGCGAAAAUAAAACGGGAGGAAACUUUGGAUCAAUUUAGGUGUCUGGGAAACUGCCCACCAACCCCUCCCCUAAGCUAACACAAACACUUAGUUCUCAAAACGAUGGCUUAGGGGAGGGGUAGGUGGGCAGUUUCCCUGAAACCUAAAUUGGUCCGAAACGUUUUCAUGUGCCUUACGCUCGCAUCUCUUCUAUCUGAGAGUUUGGAACGGCCGAAGUUGGUAGAGUGGUGAAACUCUGAUGCUGUUUUUUAAGUGAGACAAAAGAGAAACCUAAAGAAUAUACGGGCUGUAUAGGCCAGCCACCGCUCUGUUUUAGAACCCUGUUUUAAAAAAUAGACAGAAAACAUGCAUGCUUGGCUAUUUCUUCACGCAAGAAAUGAAAACCUUGUUCUGGGCAUUUUGGCGUAAAAUUUUAUCUGAGGUUCAAGACAGACAGGCCAAAAAACGGAAAAGCUAUACCCUCUCCCGACUCCGAGCAUCAUGUACCCACAACGGCCUGCCCCACUUUCCCCACUAGAUUCUACAAUACAUGUAGAUCGGUGCUGCAUAUUACAAUAAGUUAUCAGACUUUUAAUUUCUGAUGAAAGCUUUACCCAUCACUGAUGAAAUUGUACUUGCCGUUAGGCAUAAAUAUGACUGUACAGAUCAAAGACCAGAGACUUUCAUUUUGAAGACACACUUUUGUAUUGUUACCAGUGUGCGAUAACAAGUAUAACAGUGAAGCAGUGGAAAACAUUGAACAAGAGAAUGCAAAGGAUGCGGACAACGAUAAAACAGAAGAAGAAAUGAGCGAAAGCGGAGAAACAACAUCAUCUACAACGGAGAGUGAUGUGUCUGAUGUUGAAAUGGAUAGUAACAAUGAAGACCCGUUUGCUUGGGAUAAACAGGUAUGGCGCUAGUGUUUAUUUUUUCACCGGUCAUUUCGUCCCCGGUUACCGGUCAUUUCGCCCCCGGUUACUUAGCGCCCUAUUUGGCUUCUGGAUAUCUAAUGAAAACACUGCGUUCCGCGACACGACCUAGCUAAGUCGGUAAAGCGCUUGACUGCAGAGCACGAGGUCGCGAGCUCGAUUUCCGGAGCUGGGUCAAUACUUAAGGCCCUACAAUAACUGAGAACUGAAGGCAUUGUCUUUGCCCUGUAAUUACAUCAUUACUCGCGUGUUCGCGUGGCUCGGAUGACUACAUAAAAUGGUGGUCCCUUUUAAAUAGGGGGCAUAAAAAAUAGUGUACUUAAUUAGUACUUUCGGGCCAAAUGUAUCGAAACUCAAAUGAAUUGCGGAUUAAAUUGCGGUACUAAAUAAACGGGUUACCGGUCAUUUCGCCCUAAAGUCAUUUCGCUACAGGUUACUUAGCCCUAUUUUAGAACGAGGAAUAUCAUAUUUGAAGCGUGCUUGUUUUGGUUUAUGGCUUAGAGAACAAGGAAUAUUACAUUCGAAGCGCGUUUGUUUGCUUUUUGGCUUAUAGAAUGAGGAACAUUACAUUUUGAAGCGCGCUAAACGACUAGAAAAUAGUGGGUUGAAAGAAGGAGUUGAAGUCAUUUCUAGGCCGAUCUUGAGUUGUUUGGUUAUUUGGUGAAACACUGUUUGAAGUGUUUGGUCUGGUGGUAACUGAGUAUAUAUCCGUGUUAAUAAUAGCAUAAUCAAUACAAGUUGUAUUGCACUUCAGAUGAAUGGAUCUCUUGGAUUGGAAGAACACCCGACCCCUCCACCAACUGCAGAAAAAGGUAACAUACAGCUUGAACUUUACCUUAAAAACUGUAAAAACCCAGGACUUAUUACGGUGAUUCUAGGGUAUCGUAUGACACCAGGGGCUCCUGAGGACACCGAGUCGUGUGCCAACCACGACAACAACGGCAGUAAGAAAGUUAGAAAUCAGUUGGUAUUAUCUGCUCGUGCAUCACACUUUUUGGUUCAUUUCUGUGACGUAACUGCACGACUACGACGUGAGGACGUGAACAUACGACGACGAUUUUUUCCUCUCUCUCUUUGAAACUGGACACAGUCCGUAAGAAUUCUAACCGCUGAAAAAUUCAAGCUGAACCCACCCUCGAUGAAUUGAGCGAGGAUUAAAAAAAGCGAUAAAGUUGGAAGAGGCGCAAGUGAAGUGUGCUUUGCUGUCGAUGCUAAGUUUUCUCAGACUCCCUAAAGCAAACUAAAUCAUCAUUCGUUAUCACUGAUAUUAUACUUUUCAGUUAUGGUUUCAAUCUGGGAAGGAAAUCAAUGUAAAAAAGCUCAGUUGACUCUCAUGGAAAUAAGCACUGCCAUUAAGAAUAAAGUGGUAAGUCUGUCAAGAUGCGGUGGAUUUUCUUUUUUGUCUUUUCCUCUCAAGCAAAAAUAUUUGUGAGCGUUCCACGUCAACCGGAACUGAAGCCAUGAAGCUGCCAAAUUUGUCUUGCUAAGUUUCUUUACUCUUAUAGAAACAAUUUGCCGGUAAUUUCCGAUAAAACCACUGCCCAAGAACGCAAAACGACCACUUCCGGUUGACGCGCGUUGCUCAAAAACGUCCUAUUAUUUAGUUCAAACUCCUGUAUGUUGCUCUUUUCCAGGAUACCCACAAAAGCCACACUGGUUACGCGCAGUUUGCAAUUGUGGUCUCUGUGUUGCUGGCAUUUAUACCGUUACUCUUUCGGCUUUACAAUACAACUGUAAGUAUGAUAAUAUUUUCUGCUUUUGGAUCAAGUUACAUGAAAUCUCGUUUUUUUGGGAGAGCAUUCGGUUCUUUUCUAGUCGUAUUAGGAUUUUAUUAAGGUUUAUGUUUACUUUUGAACCUCACCACAAUGGCCAGCUUGGAGACAGCAAAAGUGGCCGUUGUAAAAGGGUGGCGGUUACGGGGAGGUAGGGGUGUGAAAUGACAGCUGUCUUUUUUCCUGGGAGCACAACAUGUUUAUUGUGUCAAGUUCGUGCUUUCUAUUAGCUGUUCUUAACUGACUCUCAGCCUGAGGUAUGUUCUAAGUUAGCCUGUUCCAGGCUCCGAGAUAAUCGGACCCGCUGAUUUGAGAAAGCGCGUAGACUAAAAUAAAACGGAAGGAAACUGGAAAGAGCUUUUACGCCCCGCCAACUUUUCGCGUGCCUUUUACUUCCGCGUCUUCCCCGCUAUCUGAGAGCCUGGAACAGGAUAGUUCUAAGUAUGUUCUUAAAAUGGUUUUUACAAAGAAGUACUGCAUUUACGCGCCAUACGGAUCAAAUCUAUUUCGUCGGUCACUGAUAAAAAAUGGCCAUUGUCAAGAGGUUAUUUUGGCAUUUGAUGACGUGCUUUAGUGGCCGUUGCAUUGUAGAGAGGUUUAAACAAGAGUCAAUGUAUGGACUGUCCGCCGGGUCAAAAGAAGGCGGCCGUUCAUUAGUGGAGGUUCGACUUUAUUAAAUAUUUUCUCUUUGUACCAGGGAAAGCUCGGAAACCUUUGGAGAAGUAAUACUCCAGAACUCUUGUGUACAAUGUUUGGAUAUACAGUUUGGUGAGUGCCGGUUUAAUUGAUUUGGUUUCUGAUUGUUUCGCAGCCUUGUCUCUUAGGCAACCGUUGCUUGUGUCGUCACGCAACCCUCUUUCCCACAAGUGAGGAGGAGCGUUGCGUCACGACACAAAGGACGGCUUCGAUGACUCAUAACCCUGCUUAUAAGAUGACUUAUGCUGAAAGUCAAAAGUCUUAAUUUGAUUCAACCAGAUGCUAGGAGAUGAGCAGGAAAAAAAUAUACUUAGACCUGUACGUAGUCAGUAAAAACUAUCGACCAACUAGUUGCUCUUCAUCUCCCGGACGGAGAUUGAAGAACGCCAUGCUUGUCAGGUAUAGGUUCCUUGAUGGCUGACCAGGCCUACGGGGCGUUUCCUCUUUCUUUUCGAUUCUUGUUCUGUUGUAGAGUUCCACAAAACAGCAAACAUUACUGGCUAGUAAAUAUGACUUAUAAGGUCUUAUAAUCCCAUUGUCUUGUCAGCAACGUGGUAUGGACCUGUAUUUACUGUAGCUUUAUUUCUCAGCACUUGUUCCAGAGUUCCCCCUUAAGACUCGCCUAAUUGUAGCUAUUCAGCAGUUAGUCUGUCUGGCAAAUGUAGGAAUCAAACCAGAGCUUUACCCAGGCUCUUUCUACCUGCUGAAAACGUGAUCAAUCUCAAUAUUCCAGCUAACAUAUAUCCUUUGUUUUUCAGGUCUCGUGUUAUUGUUGUUGUCAGCAUGUUGGAGAGAUUCUUCCUGAGUUUCUCGUUUUUCUUCUUGCUGUGCGUUGCAGAAAAAUCUUACCGAGAGGUGAGAAGUCAUACAACAUGACCUUGAUUCUCUCCCCCAAGUUGCUCACUAUUUGUCACCCCACUUUGUCACCCCGCUUGACCCUUCGCUGAUCUUAUCCGCUAUUUCUCCAACUGCAUUUAAGUCUCCUAUUUUGGGGGGACCGGGUUGGGGGGGAAGGGGGCUGAAAUGUUUUAUGGCAGAAAAAAAUGAAUCUAUAAAUAACCCUAAAAUUGCUUUUUCCCAGUCCUAAUGAGAGAUGAACGCUUUGGAUCGAUCUAGUUUCCAGGAUCUCUUUCAGGGAGACCCUCGAGAUUAGCUUCGAGCUACAACCAGUUGCAAAAAUGAUGAGACACUCCCCCGGAAAAACGACCUUUCUUGCUUCAAAUCGCUCCUGGUCACAGGUCUGUAAAAUAUAAUACUGACCUCCCUCCUCCCUCCCAUUCAAAGUUGUUCCUCCAAGUUUUGAGUAUGGUCUUGUAUUGCUAGCAACUUUGAUAAGGGGUGGAGGGGGGAUCACAAGCACAAGAUCAUGGACAGGCCAUUUAUGCCAAAAUACGGUACAGUGUCUCAAGUACUUUUGCAACUGGUUGUCUCAUUUAAGGCUUACUUCAACAAGCGAUUUCCAAGUCUUAAAUUCCCAAAACGAAGACUAUAGCGACAUAAAGAAAUAGAAUGGCACUUUGUGUUGCUUUUCCCAGCCGAUACAUCAUUGUCAUUGAUAGCAAACUGCCUAAAAGAGCGCUUAAGAAUGUAGUGACUUGUAAAUUUUGCCUCAGUUUUGUUGUGACGCAUGCGCCGUUAUCUACCGUGACAUAGCUUAAAGUUUCGGCGUUGUAAUUAAACUCUGAGAAGCGCGAAUGCAUAAUAACAGCAUAAUUUUCCUUUUCUUGGUAUUUAGAGAUACUAUAGUUGCGAAUAAAGCUGCCAAACCUUCAUUUUCACCCCUGUAUCUGUAACGCAAUGACAUUUGAUAUGCAAUGGCUUUAUGUCAUCGGUAUACCGCGUGACUUAUUUUUCAACAUCGCUGUUAAAGUAAAACCGUUCAGUUUUUUUCAUCUACUACGGUGAAAAUAAAAUGGUUAUUAAAGUCCGUUAGAGCUAGAGAGCAGAAAAAGUUGUGUGCUAUGUUAAUUUCUAUUUUCUGACGGUCUACCAUCAUCCACGGUCUACCAUUCUGCAACAGUAAGAAAUAGAAUAUAUUAAUAUAUUUAUCUCAUAUGAUGGUAGACCGUGUAGACCGUGUAGACCGUUGAAGCACGUACAUUGCUGACAUUGCUGUGCUGGAAAAUUGCUUUUCUUGGGGAUAGUGUCUUCCUUUUUGCAAAGAAAUUAAUUUCCUUACCAAGUACAGAACUACAAAGCCACGUUAUAUGCGAGCUCUCGCGACUAUGUUACUGAAAUACGCGCGUGAAUUUUCAUUAUCUGAUGCCUAGCCACACUCGGGCUUUAAAAUCGAAACAAAGUCGUAAGACGACCAAAGAGUAAACACAAAUCCAAACUUGUGUUAAGUAAAGUAAAGUCGACAACAGCUGCUUUUUAGCGUAACUUUUCUUUCCUGUAAAUGGCAGGCGAUAAAAGAGGAACCACGUCCACGUACUUAUCGGAAACAACAACAAAAAGCUAUCUCCUUGAUCUAGCGGGGCAUCUUACGUCACUUUCCUUCCAUAAAUAAACAUCUUUUAACCGAGUUCGAAGAAAAUAUAUUAUUUUUCGCAUCUCUGUAGCGUUUUAGGACCAAAAACCCCUUUCGUUACAGCUUACUUAAGAUGGUGUGGCAUCUUUUGCCACGUGCUUCCUUUAAAAGCCCAAUUUCUCGCAUAUUACCACAUAAACAAAAGGGCCAACAACUGCCGUUUUUGUCUCGCCAUUUUUAAACAGGCAAACCGACAAAAAUGAAAUACUGUUUUUUAUAACCACCUCCUUAGGUGCUAAGAGUGCACCACGUUUUACCCCGUUUAAUAAUCGUGCACCACGGCUAUAGGGGUAUGAAGGACUCAGACAACCAGUUGCAAAAAUGAUGAGACACUCCCCCGGAAAAACGACCUUUCUUGCUUCAAAUCGCUCCUGGUCACAGGUCUGUAAAAUAUAAUACUGACCUCCCUCCUCCCUCCCAUUCAAAGUUGUUCCUCCAAGUUUUGAGUAUGGUCUUGUAUUGCUAGCAACUUUGAUAAGGGGUGGAGGGGGGAUCACAAGCACAAGAUCAUGGACAGGCCAUUUAUGCCAAAAUACGGUACAGUGUCUCAAGUACUUUUGCAACUGGUUGUAGCUUACUUAUGAGGGCUGUAUGAAUUUUUUUUGUCAUAUUUAUAACCUAAAUCCCGACCCAGCGAUCAUCAUCUUAUUUUUCGUUUCGUUUCAGCGUUGCCUGUAUGCCAAGUUGUUUGGCUGGUUGACCUCGUCAAGAAAGUCUCGCCGUGCUGGUCUGCCUCACUUUCGUCUCCAUAAAGUGCGAAAUAUAAAGACAUGGUUGUCUCUUAGAUCCUUACUAAAGGUAAUUAUAAACAAUGUUUUCUUUCCAGAAUGCACGUAUCAAAACAAAAUGCUAGAAAGACGAUAAAAGUAACAUUUUUUAAAUAUUUUUAUCAGAGACGAGGUCCUCAAAGGUCUGUAGACAUGAUUGUGUCAUCAUCUUUCAUCCUUGGAAUGAUUUUAGUGAUACUGAUGUGUGUUCAGGUAAGUAAAGUAUCUGCCAUUUUUUGAGCGUGUAGUGCGUUUAAUUUUUAUACAGUCGAACCUCCAUGUGCGACUACCUCCCUUAAGCGACCACCUCCCAUAAGCGACCGCCUAUCCAGAACACUAAAAAUUUCCCAGUCAAAGACUCGCAGUUGGAAUCUCUAGUAAACGACCACCUCCUGUAAGCGACCGUGACCACUUUUCGGGCCUGAAAGUUUUAAUUUCCAAUAGAGUACCGAAGUGUGACGUCAUAGAAAAUGAAAUUUGUGAAAUUAUGGGAUUUGUUAAGAUAUUCCGAAAGAACAACGUCCAAGACGCCUACUCGCCAAAAAUUAGCAAUUUGGGGCAGAUUGUCUCUGAGAUAUUAACCCAGGUAUGCUCCGAUGACUCCAUACAAAUCCUUCUAAAUCUUGCCUGGUUCCUAAUCUUAUGAAACAAGCCAAAUUUAGAAGGAUUUGUAUAGAGUCGUCACAGCAUAAUUGGGCUAAUAUCUCAGAGACAAUUUGCCCCGAAUUGCUAAUUUUUGGCGAGUAGGUGUCUUGGACGUUGUUCUUUCAGAAUAUCUUAACAAAUCCCAUAAUUUCACAAAUUUCAUUUUUAUGACGUCAUCACUUCGGUACUCUAUUGUUUUCACCUCUUGUAAGCCACCACUUGACGUCUUCUCUGAUCUCGAUCUCGCUGUGUGCACUAUGAUACUUAGAAUAUACGAAGAACUUUAGUGACAACACGGAGCAACACAUGGCGUAACUUAGAAAUUAGAAUUAUCUUCCAUAAAGUAGAUGUACGGGGGCCUCUUUUUGGAAGAGGCCCCCUGUGGUUCGAUUCUUGGAAGCGAUUAUCUCCCCUAACCGAGAACUAAGUCUUUGCAUUUUGGGUGGUCGCUUACGGUAGAUUCGACUGUAUAUGAAAUGGUUUCAAUCGUAAGCCUCGAGAAAAGUGGUCUUUCUAAUCUGUAGGCGCGUUAAAACAAACACAAAACGAGCCAAAAUUAGUUACAACUAUGUAAAAAAAAAUUAAAAGGCAUUAGAUAUCCGUUAAAGAUUCCCCAAGGGCGCAAGGAAAUCGAAACGAGAUAACGUGAUAGUUUUCUUUUCCAGUCGGUCCGAUGAAUUGACUAAAAAUACAUUAAUUGAGUUUGAGAGCAGAUUAGUUGAAAGAUUUUUCGUCUGCUUUAAUUGGCCUUAAGAUUCGAUUUUACAUUCAACGCCGCAAUUGCACCAAUAGAGACUAGUGCGGACUUAAACGGCUGUGGAAGUUAAGGUAGACCGCGAGCGGUCGUCCUUUUUUUCUCAAAGCCACGCUUAGGGAGCGAAAAGUUAAAAUUAGGUAAAUUUAUGGUAAAAAGGAAUAUAGAUUGGGGUGGAGAUAGAAGAGAGGUGCUCCCGAUCUACUGUGACUCAAAAGGAAAAUAUGAGACCGCUCGCUGUCUCAAGAUAAGAUGAUUUCUCAAUUAGAAUGAGCGUGAAAGCGGCAAAAGCGAUCGAAAAUAGUGAAGGCGUUUCUGUAACCAGAAGGGAGGAGCUCAUCCAGGUUUUUGUUUUCUUGUAGCUCAUAAAAGGAAACGAAAAGGAGAGAUUUCUGUCCAUACUAUUUAACUGGGAAGUAUCAAUAUGGUGAGUAAUAUACCGUAAAAUUCCGAAAAUGAGCCCUUUAAUAAUGUGUUAUCCAAAUAAAACUUGCUGAUUAUAAUAAAAGUAACAACAACAACAACAACAACAAUAAUAAUGCUACCACUACUACUACAAAUAAUAAUAAUUUGUGCUUAUUAAUGUUAAGUUGUCUGUGUUUAUGUUUUGUGGUUACUUAAUGGGCUUUUUCAUUGCAGGUGUCUUGUGUUAUCAGUAUAUGUUCUGCGUUUCAUGACCUUGGGUUCAAAAAUCAACAGUAAAUUCACCAACACCUCGGGGCUACUCACAGAACAGGUGAGCAAAAGCGAAAUCCCUUUUUAUCAUGGUAGUGGAAAACGUAUGGCUACCCCGCCGGUACCUAGGAGAGGUCAGCUCCCCCCCCUUCUGGGUAGGGGGCACUUGAUGAUACUUUGGGUAGAGGUGUGCCGCCAAGGCCUUCAUAGCGUGCGAGCAAGCUCUCCGGGGCGCUGUGGCGGCGGGGCGGGGAAAUCAAGGAGAUCUUGCAACUACUUCUCGGGAAUUUGAAUAUCUGCAUCGAAAAAGUCGAUGCGAAAUGCUGAUUGACUGAGAUGACAUUAGUAAUGAUUAACCUUGGCACGUGUUUUUCAAUGUUUGUUUACAUUCGCGUUCGUUUCCACUUCGCGCUGAUGGGCGGAAAUCUUACAGCUCAGUCGUAGGGGAGCCACAGGGGAAUUGGUGGUGGAAUUCAAAUUCCAGAGACUUAGUUGCAACAGGAGCAAGCUCUCCUUCCUUUUCCGGCGCCGCCACCAGAGCGCUCCGGAGAGCUUGCUCGCAGGCUAGCCAAGGCCUUCAAACCCUAACUUUAUUCAAGAAAGAAUCGUUCCUUUCGCUACACUAUUUCAAGGCGAGAGACCGUAUCUUAUGGCCCUAAUUCACUUCGUCUUGCAUAAAGAUGUUAAGUUUUUUUUUUCUCAAACUAACAUCAUAAAAUUAGGUUUGUUUGGAAAAAAAGGCGGCACCACAAAUGUAGACCGCACAACACCAGUCUUCAGACUCUUUUAAAGGCUUUCAGUCCAAAAAGACAACCUCUCAGAGACCCUAAAAAGUGAAAGUUUUAUACCUUGUUUAAUACUCAAGACCCUGACCACCAUACCCUUUUAAGCGGCACAAACCCGUUUAGACAAGGGAGCUCUCCCCCGGGAGGUCAACUAAACUAACGUGGUAUUAUGAUGUAACCUGACGUACUGUUAUGGCGCAGAAAGAGAGCUCACGCUCUCAGCCCAGAGCUCACUGUCGCCACGUAACCAAGAAUGCAGUAACGACGGUGCGUUUAGAACUAAAAACUGUUUUGACCAAUAGUCUGAGUGGCAAAUUCAGUGAGCACUCUUACAAUCAUUUCAUGAGGAAAUUAAGUGAAGUUUUUUUCUCUUUACAGAUCAACCUUUAUCUUCAGAUGGAAAAAGCUCCGCACAAAAAAGAAGAUUUGACGAUUGCAAACCACGUUCUUAAGUUAGCCACCAAGCUACUGAAGGUAUUACUUUAGAGGUUAAACACGGAUUGCACAAGGAUUCUAAAUUUAUUCAGAAUGGGCGCCGUAUCGCUCAAAAAGUUUAUUGUAUGCGACAUCGCCUGUUUCAAUAGCGUUUAGAUUCAGGUCUCAACGCUUAUGGAUUUCUGUUGAGUCGUGAGGACUUUUAACAAAAAUAAUCUUUCUCAAAUACCCCAUAGACAUAAAAAGAACCAAUUUAUCAGGAAAGAAAAGCAGAGUGUUUUUCGCAUCAUGAUAGUGAUUGCUAACCGUUAACUGCUUAUAUAUACAUUUACUGGUUAUUACAUGUAUUUAUUUAUUUAAAUGCUCACUUUAUUCGAGUGUCAAUGUAUUUAGCGCGAAAGUAGUAAUUGAGGACGCUGUUUUUACGUCUCCUACUGGAGACUGGACGGUUAUUAUACUUGGUCAACCGAGCCACGCGAAGGUCCAGCCGUUUGCAGGGCAAAGGGAGUACUUUCAUUUCUGAGGUAUUUUAAGAUCUGAUCUGGUCCCGGGAAUCGAAUCCACGCCCUCCUGCUCUGCAGUCAAGCGUCCUACCGACUGAGCUAGGCCUGCUGCAGUAUUUAUGUAUUUUUUUUAAUUUUUUUUUUUCAGGAAAUCGAAAGCCCGUUCAAGAUGUCUGGUUUGUCGAUGAACCCAUUGUUGUACAACAUUACUCGAGUGGUAGUACUGUCUCUUUUCUCAGGAGUCAUGUCUGAUCUGUUGGGCUUCAGACUAAAGGUACAAUUUCCUAAAAUCUCGUACCAUUUUACUUUGAGUAAGAAUUCAGUAGAGAAAUUUAGAACAACUUUACAACAUCUUUGCAAGGGCAUUAUACUUUCUGGUUUUCGGGAAGGGGACAACUGGAGAAGCCGCCGAAAAACCUCUUGGAGCUUGAACUCGUUUCUCGAAACUCCCCGUAAUUACAGGGCCCGGAAAACUCUCGUGUUUUCACGUGACAUUGAGGUUUCAAUCAUUUUUAAAUAAUACGAAAAAACCAUCAGUUUAAACAAAGUGGACUGGUUUGUUAGCUAGGCCCCUUUUUUGUAUUCUUUAGAUUCUGAUGUUAAUAUUUAGGUUUGGGGCUUUAGGUUCGGACAAACUUAAAGCAAGAAGCACACAUACACCAACCCACGACCUGGCCAGUACCUCACGCAUACGCACAGAGAUAUCACCCGGGCAGUGGCAGCCAUGGACAGCUGUUACGCCUUUAUUGGGGCUUAACAGCAUGGCAUAGCCGUCGGGUCAAUGAACGGGGGAAACCCCAUGUAUCAAACACCCUUCACUGCCGCGGCGAGUGCUAAGCACUCCUUUAAGCGCCAGUUCCACACAACAUGUUUAGGUUCGGCCCGUUUCCGAGCGCGAUAAUUACCGGGACCUUCGAGAAACAGACCCCAAGGAUAAGAACUAGCAACAAACUCAAGCCAUAUAUUGCUUCUCCCCUGGGGUUCGAACCCGGGUAAAAUUUGUGAGGCAAGGACUUCCUCUCACCUAAAAUAAAAACUCUCCGGUCUUGAUCCUUUCCUGGUGGGGGCCAGGGAGAGGAGAGGGGGAUCCAAACCUCCCACCCCCUGUAUCCCUUCGGCCCCAGGAUUCCCCCUGGCUCUCACCCUAUGUCCUCCCUCAUCUUUCUUUUGUGAGCGGUAUGUGAAUUCUUUUACUAUUUUGAAUUUCACUUCUAGGUGUGGAAGAUCAAGGCAUAG